CCCAGGCGGGCUGGCUCAGUAAAGCGGAGGCAGCGGGGGAAGAUGGCGGCGGCCGUUCCACAGCGGGCCUGGACCGUGGAGCAGCUGCGCAGCGAGCAGCUCCCUAAGAAGGACAUUAUCAAGUUUCUGCAGGAUCACGGUUCAGAUUCGUUUCUUGCAGAACAUAAGUUAUUAGGAAACAUUAAAAAUGUGGCCAAGACAGCUAACAAGGACCAUUUGGUUACAGCCUAUAACCAUCUUUUUGAAAGUAAGCGUUUCAAGGGUACUGAAAGUAUAAGCAAAGUGUCUGAGCAGGUGAAAAAUGUGAAGCUUAAUGAAGAUAAACCCAAAGAAACCAAGUCUGAAGAGACUCUGGAUGAGGGUCCACCAAAAUAUACAAAAUCUGUUCUUAAAAAAGGAGAUAAAACCAACUUUCCCAAAAAGGGAGAUAUUGUUCACUGCUGGUAUACAGGAACACUACAGGAUGGGACUGUUUUUGAUACUAAUAUUCAAACGAGUUCGAAGAAGAAGAAAAAUGCCAAGCCUUUAAGUUUUAAGGUUGGGAUAGGCAAAGUUAUCAGAGGAUGGGAUGAAGCACUCUUGACCAUGAGUAAAGGAGAAAAGGCUCGACUGGAGAUUGAACCAGAAUGGGCUUAUGGAAAGAAAGGACAGCCUGAUGCUAAAAUUCCACCAAAUGCAAAACUUAUUUUUGAAGUGGAAUUAGUGGAUAUUGACUGAAAUAGUAAAGGCAUCAGCAACAAUAAAACACAGCCUUGAAGAAACUUAGGUGUCUCAUUAGAACUGGUUACUAUUUUAAGGGAAGAGUCAACUGGAAAAUUCAAGAAGUUAAGUUAGAACUUGUUUACUUGAUCCCCAACUUCUAAGAAAUGUAAUCCAUUAUAAAUCCUUGAAGUUUAAAAUAUUUUACUACAGCUGUGUAGAAUAUCACUUAAAGAGAACUGACUUGCCUUUUACCUCAUGUUGUAAACUAAAAGGCUCAAUAAAAAUUUAUCCUAUGUCUUGA